GACACUUCCUUUUUCUGAUACUGUAUUAUUAUACUUAAAAUACGGAAACAAAACUUACCAUUCCUACCUAAGUGUUUUUUAAAUCUUAAAUCUUUAGUGAAAAGCAUAUUUAAAAGUUUUAACAAAUAAAUUGUUUGACUGCGGAAAAAUCUGGUCAUGUGACGUAACGUAAACGUCACACUCCUGGGUUUGUAUAAAUACCGUAUCAUUCGCUUUCAACGGCAGUUUUCAUACACAGAGGACGUUUUUCAGAAGCAGAUUGACAGUCAGUAAACUUGCUAAAAGAUGCAGAUCUUUGUCAAGACCCUCACUGGUAAGACCAUCACCCUUGAGGUUGAGCCAAGUGACACCAUUGAGAAUGUGAAGGCCAAGAUCCAGGACAAAGAAGGCAUUCCCCCUGACCAGCAGAGGUUGAUCUUUGCUGGCAAACAGCUGGAAGAUGGACGCACACUGUCUGACUACAACAUCCAGAAGGAGUCCACCCUUCAUCUGGUGCUGCGUCUCAGGGGAGGCAUGCAGAUCUUCGUCAAGACCUUGACCGGCAAGACCAUCACCCUUGAGGUCGAGCCAAGCGACACCAUUGAGAAUGUCAAGGCAAAGAUCCAGGACAAAGAAGGCAUUCCCCCUGACCAGCAGAGGUUGAUCUUUGCUGGCAAACAGCUGGAAGAUGGACGCACACUGUCCGACUACAACAUUCAGAAAGAGUCCACCCUUCAUCUGGUGCUGCGUCUCAGGGGAGGCAUGCAGAUCUUCGUCAAGACCUUGACCGGCAAGACCAUCACCCUAGAGGUCGAGCCAAGCGACACCAUUGAGAAUGUCAAGGCAAAGAUCCAGGACAAAGAAGGCAUUCCCCCUGACCAGCAGAGGUUGAUCUUUGCUGGCAAACAGCUGGAAGAUGGACGCACACUGUCCGACUACAACAUUCAGAAAGAGUCCACCCUUCAUCUGGUGCUGCGUCUCAGGGGAGGCAUGCAGAUCUUCGUCAAGACCUUGACCGGCAAGACCAUCACCCUUGAGGUCGAGCCAAGCGACACCAUUGAGAAUGUCAAGGCAAAGAUCCAGGACAAAGAAGGCAUUCCCCCUGACCAGCAGAGGUUGAUCUUUGCUGGCAAACAGCUGGAAGAUGGACGCACACUGUCCGACUACAACAUUCAGAAAGAGUCCACCCUUCAUCUGGUGCUGCGUCUCAGGGGAGGCAUGCAGAUCUUCGUCAAGACCUUGACCGGCAAGACCAUCACCCUAGAGGUCGAGCCAAGCGACACCAUUGAGAAUGUCAAGGCAAAGAUCCAGGACAAAGAAGGCAUUCCCCCUGACCAGCAGAGGUUGAUCUUUGCUGGCAAACAGCUGGAAGAUGGACGCACACUGUCCGACUACAACAUUCAGAAAGAGUCUACCUUGCACCUGGUGCUGCGUCUCAGAGGAGGUUCAGAUAUUUAAACUGACAGUCUAGGGGAUGGACAUUUAUUUCAGUAGCCCCUUGCACUCAUUUUUUUUCUUCUCUCUUUAUACUUCAACCAAAUCAUUACAUGCAUUAAUGUUUUUCCACUUUUUUUAAAUCUUCAAAAUGACUAAAUAAAAGCAUUGAAAUGAAAAA